UUAACGCCGGCGGAAAUGGAUUGGGAUCGGCAUGAGGCGCCCGGAUUCGAGGAAUUUGUUCGGGUUCACGGUGGAGGUGCUAGUUCUAAUUCAGAAGGUUCUAAUGAGAGUGUAGUGGAAGAGCGAGAGCCUGAUGAGGUGAAUGAAGAAAAUCAGAGUCAAUCGUACGAAAGGAAGGUUUUACCGGAGGAAAUUUCGAGGAAUGUAAUUACACUCACCUGUGAAUCUUCUGCUGAGGGAGGUAUUUGCGAUGUAUAUGUUGUUGGGACAGCUCACGUUUCUGCGGAAUCCUGCCAAGAAGUCCAAGCGGUGAUCAAUUUCUUGAAACCCCAGGUUGUUUUCUUGGAGAUAUGCUCAGGUCGUGUGGCUGUACUUAUACCUCAUAAUUCAAAGGUACCAACUAUGGGGGAUAUGAUGAAUAUGUGGAAGAAAAAUCAAAAUCCAUUUGAGAUACUCUAUAGCUGGUUAAUUGCUAAGGUUGCUAACCAGCUUGAGGUUGUACCUGGGGGUGAGUUUCGUGUGGCCUAUGAAGAAGCAAUGAAGUAUGGGGGAAAGGUGAUACUUGGUGACCGUCCUGUGCAAAUAACAUUGCGAAGAACAUGGGCCACAAUGCCGCUUUGGCACAAAACAAAAUUCUUGUCCUCCUUGUUAUUCCAAGCAUUAUUUUUACCAAAGACGGAAGAUCUCAACAAGAUGCUGAAGGAAAUGGAUGAUGUCGAUAUGUUGACUCUUGUAAUUCAGGAAAUGAGCAAGCGCUUCCCCACUCUUUGGACUACCCUAGUUCAUGAGCGAGAUCUGUUCAUGUCAUCAACAUUACUAAGAGUUGCCGGUGAACACAACUCUGUUGCAGCAGUCGUUGGGAAGGGUCACCUUCCAGGAAUCAAGAAGAACUGGAAACAACCCAUUGAGGUUAAUGAACUACUCACAAUUCCUUCACAGAAACCUGCCAUCUCUGUCACAAGAAUCUUGUCAACACUCGGAGUUGCAGUCACAGGGGUGGCAAUAAUAUCUGGCAUUUAUACUUCAAUUAAGAAAUAACAUCAUUGGCUCCGAUUCAAAUGUCUUUUCUUUCAUGUAUUUUAGAGAAGUCAUACAAGUUUGUUACGUUUAGAUGCUGAGGUCAUGCAUUCAACUCUGAUCUGUCCUACUGCUGUCGGAAAUGGGGAAUCAUUGCUUUUGCAAAAUUCCCCGGGGAGAGGAUG